UUCACAUCCCUAGCGAAAUCUUUUCCCGGAAUGAAGAGUCCAAGUCGGUGGUGUAGUGAUGUCCAGGUUACCAGACCGAUCCCUACUCACUCGCUGCGAGAUUUUCGUCUACUUCGGCGUCUAUAUAUUGUAUAUAGUUGUGGGCCUGUACAAGAUAUAUGGACUGCGGGAUCACAUAGCCAAUGAGGCAAAGUUCCAGUUUCCGGAGGGCUGGCGCUUGUAUCCUUUUUCCCAGCGGCGUCGGGAUGACAGCAACGAUGAGCUGGAGAACUUUGGAGACUUUAUCGCCAGCUUUUGGCCCUUUUACUUGCUGCACGCGGUUGUCCAAGGAUUUAUACGCUGGAAAUGUCCCCGCCUUCAGUGUCUGGGAUUCAUCGGCGUCUGUGCCUUGGCUCUUAGUGUAAGCCUGGACUGGUCAUCGAUGGUACUACUAGUCACAUUGAUAGCAACGUACUACCUCGUUUCCCUGCUCUCACUAAAAUUCCUCGUGUGGCUCUUGUCCGCCGGCUGGAUACUGUGCAUCAAUGUGAUGCAAAAGAAUGCCUGGUGGACAGAUCGCGUUGGUUACACGGAAUACGUCCUGGUUAUUGUCACAAUGUCCUGGAGUGUGCUUCGCGGAUGCAGUUAUUCGCUUUCCAAGAUGGGAGCUAAGCAGGAGGAUUUGACGAGAUACAGCCUCGUCCAGUAUCUUGGCUACGCCAUGUACUUUCCCUGUCUGACCUAUGGGCCAAUCAUUAGCUACCAGAGGUUCGCAGCCCGGAGAGAGGAUGAAGAGCAAAACUGGCUGAGAUUCGUCGGAGGACUCCUGCGCAGCGCCAUAUGGUGGUUGGUGAUGCAGUGCGCCCUCCACUAUUUCUAUAUACACUACAUGUCGCGCGAUGUGCGAAUGGUGGAGAUGAUGGACUCGGUGUUUUGGCAGCACUCCGCCGGCUACUUCAUGGGCCAGUUCUUUUUCCUGUACUACGUGGUGACAUACGGCUUGGGGAUAGCUUUUGCUGUGCAGGAUGGCAUCCCAGCGCCCAAUAGACCUCGCUGCAUCGGACGCAUCCACUUCUACUCGGACAUGUGGAAGUACUUCGAUGAGGGUCUGUACGAAUUCCUAUUCCAGCACAUUUACGCCGAGCUGUGCGGCAAGCGAUCAUCGGCAGCGGCAAAGUUCGGCGCCACCGCCUUGACCUUCGCCUUUGUGUUCGUCUGGCAUGGAUGCUACACCUACGUGCUUAUCUGGAGCAUUCUGAACUUCCUCUGCCUGGCUGCAGAGAAGGUGUUUAAGACGUUUACCGCGAUGCCGGAGUACCAGCGGUGGACACAGCGUCACCUGGGAGCCGUGGGAGCUCAGCGAUUGUACGCAAUCCUGGCCACCCAGCUCUUCAUUCCGGCCGCCUUCUCCAAUGUCUACUUUAUCGGCGGACAAGAGAUUGGAGACUUCCUAAUGCGCGGCGCCUACCUUAGUGGAGUGGGCAACUAUAUGGCACUCUGCUUCUGCAGCUAUUGUUUUUUCCAAUGCUCUGAGUUGCUUCUGACCAAGUCGGAUGGUCGCUCCAAGACCAAAACUUUUUGACCUCGCCAAAAGUCUGUCUAGAUUUACGUGAAACUAACUACUUCUGAACGAACUUGUAUUAUAAGAUGGCUUUAGAAUUGUUUUGUGUUUUCACAGAAAAA